AAAUCAAUUGAAAGGUGAUCAAGCUCUCAAUACAUUAAGUUCAAUAAUAUAAACUCAUCAUGCAAAUAACCAAUAAAUCUUGAAUUAAACUAACAAAAACAGUCACAUACUUCAAAAAUUAAAAUCCACCCAUCCCUAGUUCAAAGAAAUCUAGCCACACAUGUUUAUGUUCUCAACAGCCAUAAAAAAUAAAUCCCAGCAGAAAAUCAUAGUAAAAAAUCAGAAACAACAAAAACACAAACAAUGGAGAAUUGCAGUUUGCCGAAUGGUGCGCUGUUGUCUGGAAGCAAGGCUGGUGGAGAAGAAGCAAGACUGGAUGGUGUCGAACAGAGGCUGGGCGGUGUUGAACAGAUUUCAGGGUCCUCUUGUGCAGAUUGGAUUCAGGUCCCUCCAAUUAGGUUGGGCGGCGGCUUUUCCUCCAAUGUGCAAAGCAAUCUCGUGCGGCUGUCCUCUUCUGCUGCUGGUGAACAACAGAUGCAGAUGGCUGGGAUUUUGGGCGGCUGGUGCCCGGCGGUCAACAACAAGCAUGACCACCCUCUGAUGGUGCAAGUGCAACAAGAAUUGUCUGGUGCUUGUCAGUGGUAUCACACCUUGUUGUAUCGGAGGUUGUGGAUGUGGCUAACGUCCCCCUUCCAUGGAGACAACUCCAUCUCUUUCUAUCACAUAUUCAUUGUUGUGGCGAAAUUUGACUUAAUAAAACAAGCCCAUGAAUCCAAGCUCAUGGGAUCUACUCAGGAUCAACUAGGGGGUAAUGGAUUGGCAAGCAUGGAUGGAUGGACAUUGCCCAUUUGGCGAAGCAUGGCACUCGUGCCAACAAAGCUUGGCACUAGCGAUGUUGCUCGACUUCGCCAGAAAGGUUUGGGUGGCAAAGACGUGGAAGUGGAUUUGAUUCCCAAAAAAGUACCCUUUGAUGGGGAUAGAGCAGAAGAACAGAUACCUGGGGGACUUCCAACUUUCUUCCUCACGAUCGGCUGGCAUUUUUUUUCUUCUUUCUUCUUCCAACUCGCGUGUUCUGCUCUUCUUUUCUUCCCCUUGCACCGAACAAAGCCCCCAAGCUGCCAGCAGCCCUCCCUUGAAGAAAAACCGAAAAUUCCAGAUCUGCUGUUGCCUUCUCCUUCCUUUUGCCGCUGGUUGCUGCUGUGGGUGGUGGGUUCGGUUUUCUGCCGUGAGUCCUCUGCAGAAAUUACCGCCGGCUCUUCCCCAAACUGCAGUCUGGUUGUGCUAGGAAAAUUCUGGUUCUUGAUCAUUGGUUGCCCUAGCACUUGGAUUGAGUCCUUGGUUUAUGGAGUGAAUUUUCUAUGUUAUGUAAUUUGAGGUAAGUAAAUUAUGGUAACGCCCUCCGAUUUUAAAGCACAUUUUAGUUUGUUUUUGAAGUGGUAGCGGGACUAAACUCAUUUUAUAUAAAAGUAAGUAUGACUGAUUUGAAGUGAAAUUUCUAUGCUUUUCAUUAAAUUGAGCAUGAUUGAUUUGAAAUAAGAUUAUUAUUCUUUU